CCGCCGCUCGCGUCCUCCGCCCGCGUUCUCUCCUCUCUUUCCUUUCCGCCUGUCUUUCACUCUCUCGUUCUCUCGCGCGCCCGUGUGUGUACGCGCACCGCCCGUACGAGCGGUACGCAACGGCCCCUCCUCUCCCCCCCGCAGAGUGUGACGGAUAAGUUUCUACUUGUCGUGAGACGCGCCAGCCGGGAAUCAUGGGUGAUGUGCACGGGCCUCUUCUAGUUAGUGACCCCGGCCAGAAGGAUACCACCGCUUGGGACGACGUCGGGACGUCGGCAGCCGUCGGCAUGCUCCGCGAGAAAUACUAUUGGGAAAACUACGAAUCACUGGAGCGUCGUCAGCACAUCGCCGUGACCUCGCUUCCUUCGACACGGCGUCACCGAAUCAUCGCGAAGCAGUCCAAGCUGAAUUUCGACGUUUCCAGGGCGCGUUCGAAUGAUCAACAGAGAGGUGAACAGCUGAAAAUGCGUGAGACGUCGCGACGCAGCUUUACCGUCAUCGGCGUUCUCCACCUGCUCGUCCUGGUCGGCCUUUUCGCCCUCGGUACGGCCGAGGCACGGACUUUCUGCCCUAACGGCUGCACCUGCGACGACGACACCCUGGUGGUCUCCUGCGUGGGCGCCAAUCUGGACGUGAUACCUAUCGCGCUGAAUCCCAGCAUUCAGCGGAUAGUGCUGAAGGAGAAUCGCAUCAAGAUCGUGGACGCGGCAGCCUUCCAGUUCUACGGCGAUCUGAAGAACGUCGAUCUCUCCAGCAACCACCUGUUCACCAUCCCCAACGGUAGUUUCGAUGCCCAACGGCACCUCGUGGAGCUCCAUCUGAAGCACAACAAGAUCUCGGCGCUGACCGAGAAGACGUUCCAGGGCCUCAAAUCCCUCACGGUGUUGAAUCUACGGGACAACUACUUGGAGACGCUGAAGAACGGCCUAUUUGCCUACCUGUCGAAGCUCGAGGAACUCGAUCUCGGCCAGAAUCGCAUAUCGAAGGUGGAGCCAGGCGCGUUUCAGAAGUUGGGCACCCUCCGGGUGCUGUAUCUCGACGACAACCAAUUGCGAACUAUUCCGUCGCCAGCCCUAGCGCCGUUGAACGCCCUCGCCGAGCUUCACAUCGGCUGGAACGCCUUCUCCGCGUUGCCGGACGACGCGUUCAAGGGUCUCGAGCAACUGGCGGUGCUGGAUAUCAUGGGCGCCGGACUGGACAACAUCAGCGACGGCGCGUUUCGCGGCCUGAACGCCCUUCGCACCUUGAAACUGGGUGCUAACAAGUUGCGCGAAGUGCCAACGAAGCAGCUGGCGGUAUUGCCACGCCUGGAGGAGCUCACCUUGGGCCAGAACUUCUUCACGAUCCUGCGAUCGGGAGCCUUCCAAGGUCUGUCGACGUUGAAGAAGCUCGACGUGUGUGGCGCCAAGCUGCUUACCACCGUGGAAAAGGGGGCCUUCUCGGAUAAUGCCAAUCUAGAGACUCUCGUAUUGAAUAAUAAUAAACGGCUGGCCACCAUGGAGGACGGUUCUCUGGCCGGCUUGCCGAAUUUGAGGCAUCUGAUGCUGCGCGACAACGCCUUCGUCACGUUCUCGGAGUCGUUGGUCGCUUGGAACGAGCUACGCCGGUUGGAUCUAAGCGAGAAUCCGCUAGUGUGCGAUUGCAGUCAGCUCUGGCUGGCCGAGAUACUCAUCCCGAGGAACUCGAGCUCGGUGAUAUGUGCCGAGCCACCCGAGUCCAAGGGCAAGCCCAUCAAGGGCAUGAGCGCUGACGAGUUAGGCUGCGCCUUCUCGGAUCCGCGCAAGCAGGCUCUGCUAGUGACGGUGUGCGCCGGCGGAUUAGCCCUCUUCGCCGGCCUCGCGCUGUUCCUGUACUAUCGAUGUCGCAGACGCGUGCGGGACGCGCUCAAGGACUACAAGUGGAAGAAUCGUGCGAUAUCGCGGAAGGAGCACGAGUACCAGAAGACCUUCAGCGACGACGAGUACAUCGUCCGCUCGGCCCACGCCCAUCACCAUCACCAUCACCAUCAGACACCGCAGUCCCAGCCGGUGCCCACGCAUCAUCAUCAUCAUCAUCUUCAGCAGCUGCAGCAGCAGCAACAGCAGCAGCAGCAGCACGCACAAAUAGCAGCCGGUAUUAAGCCAAUACCGGUGACGGAGCUCACCACCCUCGCCGAGGGCUUCACCUACAUCGAUGGCGAGACGGCGCGCCAGAUGCGCCGCCCGGGGACGCUGCCCGUUGCGAACAACGCGUCCGGUCACCGAGGAGGAGGAGGAGGAGGAGGAAGUAGCGGAGGGGGAGGAGGGGUCAGAGGUGUCUUGGACGACGGCACAGCCUCGCUGAGCGCAGCGCCGAUCGACGGGGUCACGUCUAGCGGCACGAGAUCCCAUUAUUCCAGUCACUCCCUGCGCCGUACGCCACACUCGCAACCGCAACUCUCCGCCAGAGAGCCGGACGAUCGGAUACGAACUCUGGAAUCCGGACUUCAGAACGGAAUCCCGGCCGGUGGUCGCCAUCAGCCAUCACCGCCGCCGCUGCCCUCCAGACAUCAGCCCAACUGCGGCCAAUCGUCGUAUCCCACUCUGCCGGUCAACGGCCACGCCGCUCAUCAUUAUCGUCACCACACGAGAGAGCGCGAGAAAGACAGGUCGUCCGCCCGCGAGAGAAAUCGCGAGCGGGACGCCGGUCCGCCUCCGCCUCCGCCGCCGCCACCGGUAACGUCGCACCGGUCCGACAAGCACAGGGAGGCCCAGUUGGAGAUGGAGUUGCGUGACAGCCUUGACAUGGGCGUGAUCGGCACGUACCGAGCGUAGACGAUAAAUCGGACGCGUCGCGUUGCAGAUCGAGAAAACGGGAGACGGGAUUUGUAGCCCAGAAAAAAAAAUCGCGAUCGCACGAUCACCGUGGACUCCUCCGCGUUGUUUCACAUGGAAGGAAAUCGCAGUUGACAAGUGGGAAAGAUGCUGAAGGAGGCCAGCGAAGACCAAUCAGAAGAAAGUUCCUCUUCGUCGCGCAACACAGAGAAGAAUUGAAACUGGUGAAACGGGAAGAAGACUGACGAAACGUUGUCGAAGAAUAUCAAGAAGCGAGACCAAAAAGAUCACACCGAAAGUGUGUUCGCCAUAUCGCCACGAUAUACAAUCUAUUCGAGACUUCUAUUCGUAUACGAUCGAAAUAUUAGUAUCGUCGUGGACCGGCCAUCGUGGAUCAAUGACGCCGCGAUUAGCCAAAAGCCAACGAUCAGUGCUAAAGGGACAUUUGUUAGUUUAUAAUUUUAUUUAAGUUCUCGAAGAGAAGAAAUGAAGCUGAGUUGUUAGAUAUAACGUCUAAUCGCCUUCACGAUAUAUCGUUGUCAGAAAAAAAAUAUUGAACAUUUAUUUGAUACUUGUGAGGGCUUUAUAGUGUAAUUUGAGUGCCGCAAAGUCUAAAUUGUUCGCAGAUUAUAUUUUUAAAAAUAUGUUUCUAAAUUUUUAUUUUUCCAAUUUUUUUAAAAAUCGCCUUUAUCUUCUUUCGAUCUGUAAUGAUGCAUCAAGCAAGCAAAAAACCAAUGGGCUCCCCAUCGUAAAAGGUGCGGGUAAUACUUCGCGUUAAGUAUAUAUCCGUGAAAGAUGCCGCAUCUUUUUCGGAACGAGAUGGCAUUCCGAAAAUUAUACACCUCGUCUAUAACCCUAAGCGGUCCUUAAUAAGCCCAUCUUCCCGCGCGACUGCUCGAAGAUUAAUACCCUCUCUACGUCACCGUGGGGAGUCGUCACCUCAGAAUCCCGGGAAAAAGAAGACCCCAACGGGCACGGGAAUGACUUUCGCCAGGAUUUUUAUCACGUCCGUCUUAUCACUGAUGACCGCAAGAUCAGCACUGUUGAGGAUGAGUGAUGCCAAACGGAAAUCCCUUGGCGGGUGGAUAUAACCCGUGGGAAGACAGGGUCGGUCCACGAUCCCCUCCCCCCCUCCCCUCCCUCUCCCUCCCCGGAAAUGACGGGCCAUCGGCCACGUGGAGCCUGUUGUGUUCCAUGCGAUACAUACAUACACAAUACACGCGUAAAAAUUCUAUACGCGCGGUCGACCACUUGACGAUCGUGCCGAGACCGCCGAGCUCGAUCGAAACCGAAGUUCGAUAGUGCAUCGGUCUACGCCGAGUCACUCUUGAAGCCGAUUCGAGGGCGAGAGCUUAACGAGUCGUACGGCUCCGAGGAUCCGGAGGAUCACGGUUCGGGGAACCGAGAGCGACUCGUUAAGAUCCAUCGAUCGCCGCCUCGGUCGUUUUAUUCCAGGCGGGCGCGCAAACGAGAGUUCGUGUCGCGCGAGACGAGACGUGUAUCAUACGCGAGGAGAUUGACCGUACUAUAUAAGCAACGUAGAACGCAGCUAUAUAAAUAUAUACAUAUACAGAUCUAUAUAUAAAUAAAAAAAGUAUAUAUAUAUAUAUACAUAAAUUAUAUAUAUAUUCUAAACGGUCGAAUUAUUUUCUAAAUAAAAACACCAAUGUACAGAGGCACGACGGAGACGGUAUAGUUGAGCUAGUGUCAACGCGUCCUCGACUAUCUUUAACUUUAAGAGAUUCUAGAUCGUCGUCGAGUUCCCGGAUAUCUGCCUACGAAAGUGGAAAGGAGAGAAAGAUAAAGAGAGAAGGACAAAGAGAGAAAUAAUUGGUAAGCGGGUAUCCGUAUGCGAUUUGAUCCCUCGAGCGUCGAGAGAUCGCGGGGACGGAGAAAACUAUCAAAAUGUUGUCUGAUAUCGCGGCGCGAAUUAGCGAUGUAAGGACGGUCGUUUCUUCUUUCUUUUCCUCCGAUCGAUAUGUAAGUUAAGGGUAAGAUGGCGUUUAGGGAUUUAACCUUAAGAAGGUUUACGCUGUUGUUAGGGAACCGCGCAGGUUUCUAAAACGCGGGUAUCGUCCGUUUCCCUCGUUCCCGCGGAUGGGUGUCUUUCAGAUCGUGAGGUCACGUCGAUCUCUAAAGUGGAUAUCAGGGAAUUCUCGAGCGGUAAUACGUCGCAAUGCGCGUUUAUACUUUAAGGAUCGAUCUGAAACGCGAUAUUUUCUAGAAAAAACUGAAAUCUCCUUAUUGACGCUGUCGCUACCAAAGCUCUCGUUUCUCUCGGCUAGUAAAUAACUGGUAGAUAACUAACGGAUAAUUUUAAUAACGAUUAAUUAUUAAAUUUAUUAUUAGUAAAUGGGCAAUGACUAUUUUUAUACAAUCUUCCGAAUUUCGAUUUUGUUCCUCGAAGAACGUACGCGUCGUGCUCAUCAAUCGCGAGAGGCAUCAUGUAUCCCCCACGGGGAGAAACCGAGAACAGAGACACGAUCCUCCCGUUUUGUCGCGACAUCGGGGUUCGAAUUCUCGUGAGAAAGGCUACAUCUCCGCGCGGAUACAGUGGACCGGAUUCCAGCCAGGCUCCGGUCCGCACACCGUCGAAAUACUGCCGUUUAAUCGCCGCUGAAUCACGGCAUCGGUAUCAGCCACGUGGGUAAUUUUCCGGUCACUUUUACUCUCGAUAUUACACGGGGUAGCAAUUUCCGCGGUGGCGGCGGCGGCGGCGGCGGGGCAUCGAAAAUCCCGCAGUCCUGAUAAAUCGCGGCUGCAUUAAAAUGCACGGGGCGCGGCCGAGUUUAAGUUAGUUCGCCGACCGGCGUAAUGGCCGCGGUGGAGAGUACGGGAAAGCGAGGAGAGGAGAGAGAGAGAGAGAGAGAGAGAGAGAGAGAGAGAGAGAGAGAGAGAGAGAGAGAGAGAGUGAGAGAGCGGAGAACGGGGGAGAGGCGAGGUGUACGGCGAAGAUGUACUUUACGGAACGAGAUUAUUUUUCCGCCCGAGUGUACCCAGUGGAAUUCCACGGUCACCCGGCUUGAGAAAGGUGACUGCACCUUGAAUCGACUCCGUCGGCGGCGGUGGCGCGGUGCAACCGCUCGCUCGCUUGCUCGAAUCGCUCUUUCGCUGCUGGGCGUGGAGAGACAGAAACAGAGAGCGAGGGAGAGAGAGUGGCGGAAUUUGAGCUCCGGUAGAAUCUGCAACGGGUUCUCGAGGAUUAGGCUUCGAGGCGUUAACUUCGCGACACAUCGGAAAUCGGACGGAAAUUGAACACGGUUUAGUAUUUGCAGACGACGCGUGUUGAUUUGCACUCUCUCUCUCUCUCUCUCUCCCCCCCCUCUCUCUUUCUCUCUCGGACUACAUCGCGUAAUGUCGCGAUUACUUCCGGCGCGAUUGCUUCUUUCGGUUGACCAUCCAGUCCCGUUAAUACAAUCCGGAAUUAAUGCGCUUGGCAAACUUUAAUUCACAAUAUUAUACAUUAAACGCGGAGCAACGUACGCUAAGAGUCGAAGGAAUAAAUUUUACCAAAUAAAAUACCGGGCGCGGUAGCGAUAGCGGGUAUCGGACGUGAUUUAUCGGGGGUAAAUUACGGAUGCAUCGAAUGGCGAAGAAAGAAAGUGGGAGUGAAAGUUACUAUCGAUAAUGGAGCAACGCUGCCGCUGCCGCCGCCGCCGCCGCCGAAGGAAGAUAUAUUGCUCCAUUUUUAGGUAUAACCGCGUAGAAUUCUCUCUUCUCUACCGUGGGGAUGCGUCUGCACAUGUCUCAAGGACACUCAUCCUCGUAAAACCCUUUCCACCCCGUUGACGCCGAUUUGGCAUUCGGGGAAUUUUAUUAUUUGAUACGCGACGCGAAUUUGUCAGGUAGAAGCGAGAUUUACAGCGUUCGACUGCGUUCCGAGAUAGAGUUAAACUUGUACAUUGUCACUUACCAAUACCCUCCGUGUGCAUACAUAGGUCUACCUAACAGCUACUUGUAACUUUAAAAAACUGCAAGCCUGCCUAUCUGGUUCUCCUCUCUAAAAAAUAGUAGGUGGGAAAAGGGACUCAAGGGCCCAGAGCCGUUACGAAAGAUCAAUGUAUCGUCGAAUGACGAACGAGUCAGAUCUCGCAUAGACCCACGUUUCAGACCCACGUAUGCACUAAACGGGACCUUCUUCUGUAAAUAACAAUUUUGUUAAUUAUUUAUGAUAAAUGUUGUUUUUAGUCAAAAUAACGUUUAAAAGAUUUUGACGAAUAGUUGCUUCUCUAUUUAGUUAUUGGUUAUUGCCAAAAAAAUAAAAUUCCGGAUGGCGGACGAAUUUUUUUUCUACAUAUUCUACAUAUUUUAUUAUACAAAUUUUUAAAAAAUUAUUGGAAAAUGUCGUUUAAAUUUAUAUAUAAUUUUACCUUUAAUUUUUUAAAAACGUAUGUGCACGGAGGGUUAAUAGAUCGGAGCACGAAGGGAGAGCGAGAUAUAUCUUCGUAACGAGUUUCGAGAUCCGCGAGCGAUUUUCAGGCAAUUGUUGAAAACUCUAAAAUAUCUUUAAUUUUCCCAAUGUUCGAGGUCUCGAUAAUCGAAGUAUACGUUGAUUUUUCCGAAUUUUUCCGUUCGAUGGUCUUAUAAGCAUUCUGUGUUGCAAAGAAAGCGAACGGCUCAAACCAUGUAUUCACAAUAACCCUGAUGUUCAUGAAAUAUUAUUUUCCAGCGAACGACUCUUAGAAAUAAGUUCAAUGUAAAAUCAAACCUACGUGACCUACGCUUUUCUAUAGCCGGGUGGCGUUAAAAGCGUCAUCGACCCUGAAAAAAAGAUUUCGACCAUUAUUUCAGCUCAAUUUUUCACUGCCACGAAGAAGAGCCAAAUAUUUUUUGCACGUUCCGAUACGAUUUCUAUAUUUUAUAUCGUAACAAUUUUCGAUAUUUUACAGGCACGUCUCGACGUACCGUAAAACCGGCGUUAAAGACUACUUAAAUAAAAUUCGCGAGAGAGGUUCGCACUAUACGCUCGUUUUGCAGAAUAGAUUUUGCGGAAUAAAAAGUUGGCGCAAGAGAAAAAAAAGUAAUCUCUUACUCUAACAUAAGCACACAACUUUCCUUGACGAUACGAUUACGUUUAUGCACACGCGCGGAAAUAUUAUUAUAUUUGUAUACAUAAAAGAUUUGCAAUAUUCCUACGCUGCGUCGUGCAUUUGCGAAUAUAUGUAAUGCGCGUUCGGUGACGCGAACGCUCGUGAAUGGAUGCGCCGAAGGCAAACGAGGGAGGACAACGCGUUUCCGGCGCUCCAUCGUCGAGAGACAUCGACGAGGAGGGCACUAACGUAGGGACGUAUCUAAUUUCGUAAGUUCGAAAACCAACCGAAAUAUCCGGGGGAAAACAACUUUGUGAAUUUUCGCUUUAUCUUCAUCGAACUUUGCAAAUCGAAGAGCUUCUUCGCACGACACGCGCGACAUAACCGCUCGCGCGGUCUCGCGCAACAAGGCUCUACCGAACGAUAAUCUCAUUUCUUGUGAAAUCCUUGUUUCGCCCUGCUCAUUUCGCACGCUACCUUUUUUUAUUUACGAUCCGAUUACAAUCUCCACGUCGAAGCGCGACGAUAGCAUUUUGCGCGCGUCUUUCGCGAAAGAUGCGACACGUUUACUUUUCCUAUAUCGUCAUUUUAAUGAAAGAAAUUUUUGCUCUCUCAUUUUUUGAAUUUUACGUAAAAGACCUAAAAAAAUUAAUCAGUAGUAAACGCAUGCAAAUAUAUUGCACAAUGACGAGAGAGAUGCGGAAAAUGACUGAAAAAAAAUAUAUAUUAUAUAUUAUGGAAAUUUUCAUUAAAGUGACGAUAGCAUCUAUUUUCAUGUAUUUAUAUACCUUCGUAUAUUUUAUGUGUAAGUUACAACACGCUUUCCAUUUCCUGCCAAAUUCGUAUUGCGAUAUCGCCGAGAAUCAUUAAAACAGCGUGGACGCAGUGUGCAAAACAACGCCUAAGUUUAGAAUCAUUGCAUAUAUUUUCUCACCCGUACAAUCGAUCUGGGGGCUUUCCCCGUGAUUUGCGAUUCCCGGUUAACUCUAACUGUACUGAGGCGAGCCAUCGGAUAAAUCUUAAGUAGCGUAUUUGUAAUUAAAAUGCAUUGUAAAUGUGUCGGGGUUCAAGUAUCAUAGGUAGUUUCGUGCGGAAGAAAGAAAGAGAGAGUAUUAAAAGGCCGUCGCGCGAUAGAAGCGGGACGGCGAAAAAAAAUGUAUAUUUUACGAUAUGACCGUCAUACUAAAAAUCAUUAACUGUAACGUUAUCGUAUCGCUAGUCAGUCGACGCAUUUUCGAAAAAAAGUAAGAGAAGGAAGGAGGAAAAACGGGAAGGGAGCGAUGAAGAGCGUAGAAAGCGAGGAGCGUUCGAGUAAAAUUAAUCGAGAUAUUAAAUUAUUGUACAAAAUUGAGCGCCGGUAGUUCAUAAGGCCUAUUAUAUCGUUUUUCCAUUUCGUAUCGAUUGCGCACGACUACGCGCUUGUGAACGAUGAUACGUAUCGAGCGAGACGUGUGAAGGGAAAACGUUUUUAUAAGAAAUAUAAGUUCACAAUAUUAAGUACGAUCGAAUCUCGCGAAGAGACGUUCGUUUGCGCUCUCCCCAUAAAGAUAUCGAAUAGAGAUAUUGAGAGAAGCUUCCCCGAUAAAAAUACGAAUAAAAAUAAAAAUCUCGAACCAAUUGAA